GCGAACCGUGCACUGCAGAAAAUUGUUUCGUUACGUUUUACCCAUGGCCUUAUUUUCUCCGCUUCGGUACCUACGCUUUGGUUUUCCUUUGCGUGUGUCGCUGUUGUUGUAUGUAGAAGGGCGCUUGCGUGGGGUUUUCCUUUAGCAACAGCUUCUUACUCAAGACUCUGCUUCUACCUACUUUCUCUUUAGCCUAGGGCUGGCCCUUUUGUUUUUUGGCUUUUGGCGCGCUGCUGCCUGCCCCCUCUCAGCGAUACUCUGCUACCCGCGAGAUCCGGACUGAGGGUCCGCGGCGCCCGUUCGAUCACUUAGACCUGCUCACCUUAUAAAAACGUCUUCUCGACCGUUGCAGCCUCGAAAGUUCUCGCAAUCUCGCCUCGCUUCGCAGCAAGACCCUCUGAUAGCUCCACUCACUCACACGCUCCGAGAAGCCCGCAAUCACACAGAUCUACAAGAAGAAGAAGAAGGAUUAUGGCUGCUGCAGGACCGCCGACGGUCGAAGAGACGCGUGGAGGCAAAUAUGCACACGGCACCCACAACUACCCCGAUCCGCUCACCCACAUCGACAAGCAGGUGUGGGAUGUGGUCAUCAUUGGCGCUGGUCCGGCGGGACUGAUGAACGCCACUUCGCUUGCUCGCUUUGGAGGCCAUGAUGUUCUCGUCGUCGAUGAGAGGUCAGAGCCGACAACGGCAGGAAGGGCCGAUGGCAUCCAGCCGAGGACGAUUGAAGUCUUCCGAAACAUGGAGCCUCUGGGCACCGAAUUCGUGGACCGGAGCGCUGCCUCGUACGAGCGGACGUUUUGGGACCCACGCCCAGACGGGCAGAGGGGCAUCGUGCGGGCGCGGCGCGUCCAGUCGUUUCCCACCCACAUGGAGAUCCAGGACAACUGCACGCUUGGCCUCCAGCAGGGACUCAUCGAGGGCGGCUUCCUGAGGGACAUGGAGCGCCACGGCCAGCGGGUUACGCGACCCUGGAAAUUCAUCGACUUCGUCAUGACCGACGACGCGCUGCACCCCGUCACGGUCACGCUCGAAAAGAUGCAGCCGGUCCAGGAGACGUCGACAUCGGGCGGCGCGCCCACGUACGUCGUCAAGCCAACGGGGGAGCGAAAGACGAUCAAGACAAAGUACCUCAUCGGCUGCGAUGGAGGUCGCUCGGGUGUUCGGCAGGUCAUGGAGCGCAAGCACGGCGUCGAAAUGAAGGGCGACUGGGUUGACACGCUCUGGGCGGCCCUGGACUGCGUCGUCGAGACAAAUUUCCCCGAUGUGCGCAAGAUUGCAGCCAUUCACUCGAGGAACCACGGCGCCCUCUACAUCUUCCCACGCGAGAAUAACGAGCACGGGGAGCCUAUUAUCCGCUGCUACACGCAGGUGAACCGUCUGCAGGGCGAGAAGAGCAAGGAGUCGGCACUCGAGGCAAAGGACAAGGUGACGAGCGAGAUGGUCAUGAAGGCGAUCCAGGAGAUUGCCCACCCCUACGACUUUACCUUCAAGGCAAUCGAGUGGUACACCUGCUAUCCCAUUGGCCAGCGCCUUGUCUCGAGGUACUCGCUCCCGGCGGGCACCGAAGGCCCGACCAAGUUCCAGGGACACCACGUCUUUUUGGCGGGCGACGCCUGCCAUACCCACAGCCCCAAGGCUGGCCAAGGGAUGAACACGGCCAUCAUCGAUGCCCAGGCCUUGGCGUGGCGCAUCAAUCUCGUCGAAAAGGGCUUGGCAGAUCCUCAGUCGCUGCUGUCGACCUACCACGAGGAGCGGCACGCCACGGGCAAGCAGCUCAUUGACUUUGACGCAGAGUACGCCGCCCUUUUCUCGGGAGAGAUCCCAAAGAACCAACCGGAGCUGGCAAAAUUGUCGGCAAAGGAGCUCCAGGAGCACUUUGUCGAGGUUCAGCGGAGAAACGCAGGCUUCACGACCGGUGCUGGGGUCUUCUACGGCGACAAUGUGCUCAACCAUCGACGCGCAGAUGCCUCGCUGGGCGCGCAGCUGGCUCACCGCGAACAAAAGAAGCUCCAGGCGGGCACGAGACUCACACCCGCUUGGGCUACACGCUGGGUCUCCUCGACGCCCGUCCGGAUCAUUCACGAAGUCCAAUUCACCGCGCCAGGCGGCUUCCGUCUAUACGUCUGCGCAGGCGACCUCUCCUCUCCCUCCCUCAAGCGCUUCGCCGACCAUCUCGACUCUUCUCAAUCGUUCCUGCACCGGUACAGGGCCAACAGGAAAGCGCUCCAGCCAAGUCCAUACCACCGCUCCAAGCCCGACGCACUCAACUCGGGCCUCAAGGGCGGAUUCAGCACAGAGGUCAACCCUUUCUUUCACUGCCUCCUCAUUGUCGCCAAGAAUCGAUUUAGUUUUGAGCUGGACGAUGUCAAGCACCUCGGCCCGCUCCGCGCGUGGAUCUACGCAGACGACACUGAGCCCGGCGGAGAGCGGCUGAGCGACGACGACGGCGACGAGUCCGUCGGUGGCUUGCACAGCAAGUGGGGCCUCGACCGCGAGAAGGGCGGCGUCGUCGUCGUGAGACCUGACGGAUACGUUGGCUGCGUCCUGGGCCUCGACGACAUCGACGCAAUCGAGAAGUACUUUGCCGGCUUCCUCGUCGCUGCUCCUUCCUCCACUGCCUCUUCGGCAAAGACUCGACUCUGAUGCGAAAUCACGGAAGACAUCAUAGAAAGGAAAAAAAGAUUGAGCGUUUAUCAUGUCACCCAUUGUUAUCAUUAAGUUUCAGUUGCUACUGCUUCAUUUCUGCCCCAUUUCUUUUUCUUUCUCCUGCAAGCCCAGAGCCCUCUACAAAUAGCUGCCAAUCUGUCCCAAUAGCAUACUCUCAUCAAUUUCUCUCAAGUGCGUUUC